AUGGUUUGGUCUGAAGAUAGGGCGGGUCCUCCCAAUUUGAUUUUUCAUGGCUUCUCGAGGGUUCACCGCCAGGCCAUCAGUGUCCGCCAGCAGCUGCUGGGCGACGACCAUGAGGAAUUCCUGCGGUCCAUUGAAAGCUAUGUGGUCUCUUGCAACAAUUGGAGUGUGCAAUGCAUGAGCAAAGGGAACUUCACCGCAGCGUUGGAGUUGCUGAAGAAAGCGGAGGCAAUGACAGAAGCGGACAACGUUCCGAACUACCAAAGGCGAGUAGUUUUGCGAGCAGUCACCUUCAACAACCUUUGUUGCUACUACCGCAGCCGCGGUAAGCAGAAUGCAGCCCUUCAGUUUGCUGAGCAGUGCUUGAGAAUAGAGCAGCACUACAAGGAAGCGGAGAAUGCCGCGCGGACAUACCUGAAUUACGGUGUGCUUUUGAGCACCACUGGUCGCAACGGAGAAGCUUUGGAGCAGAUUGAGAAGGCUUUGGCAGUGUUGCAUGACCGGGAAAGAGAAUCCCCAGAGGUCAACCUAGAGACCUCACAGAUGCUGGUCGUGGCGCACUACAACACCUUUGUGGAGCAUUUGCGGCUGAAGCAAAAUGCCACAGGCAUGCAAGCCUUGCAGAAGGCUUUACAGGUGGCCGGUCGGAAGCUGGGCGAGUCAACAUCUCAGUCCAGCAAUCUGACCCAAAAAAUCAAAGAAGUGCAGAUUGAGCUGGAGAAGCGUCUCGAGCAGAAGGCGGCCUCAGAGCGCUUCCGCACCACUGCUGGGAGCUUCGAGGUGUCACAGAUCUUCAUGCAUUUUCAGGACAGCCAAGCACAUCCCUGGCGGAAAGUGACUCUGGACGAAGCUGAUGCUGAUCGUGUCCAGGAACCCAGAGAGUUGACCUCGGUUGCAGAGAUGUGUUUCGACUGA